AUGACAGUACCAGAUGCGAAAGAGGCGUUUUAUAGGCUAUACGAAACAAUCUUUGCUGAUGCUCGCAGCAGUCGCACAAACCGUACGCAGCUUCUCACGGAGGAAAUCAAGAAGCUUCUACGAAAAUAUGGGAAAGACCCAGAAAUGCGGCUAUUAGGAGACCAAAGCGACUGUAUAGGGUUCGUUUGUGCAUCACCCUCGACCAAUGAACAACAUUGCCGUCGGCUUCGGACAUACAGAUGUCAGGAACCACCCUCGAACAUCUCAGUGGUCGAAGCCAUACGAGCGAGCUGGGGUGCUCCCAUAUUUGAUCCCGUCAUCGUAGGACAAUCUGAAUUUGCAGAGGAAUACGGAGGAACGGGGUUUAUCUUCAACAACCCGAUACGAGAAGCCAUCGCAGAAGCCGCGUCACACUAUCCCGUCGCCAGCACCGUCUCCCUUCUCAUCAGUCUAGGUUGUGGUCGACCGCCCAUCUCGACGCGUACUAAUGCCGAAUCCACCUCUUUGAGUGAUCCGAUGGACCGCAUAUUGGCGGAGAACGAUCGGGUGGCAACAGAGAUAGAGCGCACGAUUUCGAUGAACCAAGGAUACUAUCGUUUCUCUGUUGAACGUGGAUUGGAAUCCAUUCCCUCGCCACCACGAAUAGCAGUGCGAAUAAUAGAGAUCACUCAGUAUUAUCUCCGCGAGGAGAGGGUACAGCGCGAGCUAGAAGAUUGCUUACGGGCUGGUCGACGAGCUGGUCAACUGACCACCAGAGAAUUGGCGCGAUGGAAAACGAAACCGAGGAGUAACAAUCACGGUCUACCUGCCCUCUCCGCAUUUUUCGUCGUUCGGCGCCGAGAAUUGGAUGCGCUCAAUGAAGGAAUAUUUGGAGGAUACUUCUCGGGGCCGCGUAUUGCGGUCGUUUCUGGAAUGGGAGGUGUAGGCAAGACCCAAUUGAUUCUCCAUUUCGCCCUCCAAAAUGCCGACAGAUUCAAACACGUCUUUUUCAUUGAUGGGAGCUCAAUUCAGACCGUCAUGAACAAUAUGGUUCGGAGAGUUCGGGCAUUGGGCCACACCUGUCGCACUGUAUAUGAUGCGCUUCAGAUCUUGGGCCAAUGGGACGAGCAAACAGAUGGACGGUAUCUCAUCAUCUUCGACAACGUCGAUGAUCGCUCGGUAUCUAUCGCCAACUACUUCCCCCAGUCCGAACGGGCCUGUAUCAUCAUCUCUACACGAAAUCACGCACUUGGAAGUUUAGCCCCACAGGCUCAUCUAGAGCUAGGAGAAAUGUCCGCAAACGAGGCGAUAGAGGCUCUCCUAAAGGUCAUUCUACCCCCUGGACAACGCGCAACAGAUGAACAAGCUGAUAUCGCGUUCACAAUCGCCGACGAAUUGGGUUACUUCCCUGUCGCGCUGGUCCAAGCUGGAGGAUACAUUAGGGAGCGGAGAUGCCUGGGUGACUAUCUCAAUCGACUAAAGAGAAGCCACCAACGCGUUCUUACGCAUCCAUUGCCGGAGCAACGAGACAAAUAUCAGACUAAUUUGUACGCAUCACUCGACCUAACAUCACAAGAGCUCUCUCCCCGAGCCCAACAAUAUCUCCAUCUAUUUUCCUUCGGUCACCACCGGAAUUUCCCAUUGGCCCUGGUUGAUCUCGCGGCCAAACAUCACUUCCUCCUCGAUCCAGUAGACCUUUUGGACAGAGAUGACGAGUUUCGACGUACGACAACUCUUCUUCACGAUAUAUUCUGUCCUAGCGGCGAAUGGGUGGAUGAUGAUUUCGACGACGUAUUGGUUGAGCUCCAAAGAGUCUCCCUUGUGACACUUUCCGAGGACGGUGAUCAAACCCGCGUACUUAGCAUGCAUCCGCUCGUUCGGACGUGGGCCCGGGACCGAUUGCCGGAGAAGGAGAUUGUCGCGUACCGAAACGCUAUAGCCAGAUUACUAUCUUGCGGUUCUGGUCGCGAGGGCGUAAAACUUCAUGAACAUUUGAUUCCACAUAUACGUGCGCUAUCCGCCAACUGGGAGGAUCUGCAUGUGAACGACCGCGCGUCGUUUGCGGAUCUCUUGGCCGCGCCAGGAAUAGCAGAUGACUGCGUACAAAUAUGGGAGAGUGUUCAUCGCGCAACGCUCAAAGCCCACGGGGAAGUCAGCAAUCAAACGCUCGAAGUCCUCAAGCGGUUGAAGCUUGCGUACCAGACGCAAGGUGAUGAGAAGCGUGCCAUGUAUAUGCAACAGGAAAUCGCCAAACUGGAUCUGGUACUCGCUCAGAUGGAUCGAAGAAGACCCAUGGCGUCUGAUCGAUCGGGUUCAGACUUUUGGAAUCGAAACCACCCGGCCUCAACGUGGAACACCAGUUCAUAUCGACAUUUGGUCCCGCAAAGUCCAACACCUCGGUAUUCCCAAGUGGAGCACCUUCAAACCCCAGGAGCGGGACCCUCCAGCCCCCGGGGUUCUAUUGCACUCGUUCAAACCUACCAAGGUCGCGAUACUGCCUCCUUUCUAGCUGAGAAGGAAUUAGCUAUGCGUUAUCAGCAGGAAGAACAGUAUACAGAGGCAGCCCGGGUUGGAGAAUCCCUUCUCACCUACGGGCGGGAGCAACUAGGUCCGCUGCACGGCUAUACCCUUUGGGCGCAAGAAUUCGUCGCAGAAAUGUACGAGAUGGCGGGGCAACCAGAACAGGCGACGAAUCAUCGAUCUACAAUACUUAGCCAGUUGCUCAGAGAUCAUGGAAAGACGGAUCCCCGCACCCUUGACGCACUAUCGAAGCUUGCCGCAAACUACGAAGCGCGUAAAUGCUAUCGUGAGGCAGCCAAGUUUCUCGCAACAUUAUUACAAUAUCAACAACGCGUAAAGGGUGCGGAUCAAUCCGUGGAACAUGAUACCCUAGGACGCUUGGCAGAGGCACUGGAGAUGAACGGGCAGUUCGAUCAGGCAACACCGUUUCGGGAGAAUCUCCUGCGAGAGGCGAGAGCAACCAAUAAUCUUACCAACAUCCGAGUGGCGGCAAGAAAGCUGGCGAACAAUUACGAGAACCGACGACCUAUUGAAGAGGCCGUCCGUCUCCUCAAGGAAAAGCUUUCCCUUGGAUAUAAUGCGAGCGAUGACCUAUCCUUGCUACCGUGGAUCAUCUUCAGCGAAGCACUGGCUGCCGUUUACGAGCAGUCCGGGAGGCUGGAGGAUGCAAUCACUCUCCGUGUCAAGAUACUCGAGCUCCAGUCUACAAAGGAUCGAUUCUCCGAGGAGACAAGAGUCGCACAGUCGGCACUCGCACAGGUUUACGAAGCUCUGAAGAGGUACGACAAGGCGGAAGUUUUACGACGAGCCGUCGUCGAUAGUUAUCAGAGACAGCAAGUGCUCCCCGAAUACACUGAUGCCACCCUUACGGCUAUUCACCAACUCGCGCGCAACCUUGGGCUUCAGGGGAAGUACGAUGAACUUGUCGAUAUCUGGAUCCCUAUUGAGACAGACACUCGCCUUCAUUGUGGACCGGAUCACCCUCAUACAUUGUGGGCAACAAAAGAGCUCGCAAAGGCAUAUGAACUUCGCAAGCAGUUCGUUCUCGCAGAGCCCCUUUGGAAAUGUCUUUUGCACCAAGUGGCCCCUCGCGGAGCACCAAAACUGGAAGACAAGAGUACGGUCGAUAUUUCACAGCGACUUGUACGAAACCUGCGUAUCCAAGGGCGUGAUGAGGAAGCCCUGGCAUUCGCCGAGAUGUACAACGUCGGAUCCCAUUCACUUCAUCUACACACUCCAGGAAGCGCCACCUCGGCGAAUUCGCAUCAAAAUCAUCGUCAAGACUCAUCCAGUGGAAAUCUCCCGACCCCAUCUCUUGGGAGCGUGCCGGAGCACAGCAACGACUAUGUAGAGGUGACAACUCCAGCGUCAGCAUUGGCUACACCGUCUCUCUCGGAAUCACCUAGCGAUUCUGGCAGCGGUGGCUUUGCGCGGCGUUUCACAAGCCUCUUCAGCAGGAUGAAGCUAAAGAGCAAACGUUCGAAGCAGUCAUCCGGAACGGCUGCUCCACCAUAA